AUGGGCGCGGCAUCGUCGCUUGACCAGCGGGGGACAUUGGCUGUCGGCGAGAAGGCGCGAGGCGGCGCCUACCGCGUUGUCAAAGUCCAGCGAGGGAGUCCUGCAGAAGAGGCUGGUCUGGAGGUUUUUUUCGACUUCAUCACUCGCAUAGACGACCUUCCUCUCACUUCCCCCAAUGAGGAGACGCUGCAGGCCUUCUUCGCGAAAGUGAAUCGAUCAACGCGCCCCGAGCCGGUCCAACUCAUCGUGUUCAACGCGCGGAUGCGCGGCUUCCGAAAUGUUACGCUGCGACCUGCAGUUCUUUCUCAUGCUCAACGUCCAGCAGCGUCUUGCGUCUUUUCGCUGGGUCUGUCCGUCUCCUUCUCGGAUGUGGGGAACGUGAUGAGUGAGGGAGUACGCGUGUUGAGCGUCGCGCCGAACUCCCCCGCCGCGCAUGCAGGCCUCGUCGAACUGGAAGACUGGAUCCUCGCCGACAGCCAGGGAGUCUUUCGAGACGUAGACGACUUGGUCGACAGCGUGGCGGCGGCGCUGAAUCGCCAUCUGCAAAUCUUUGUCUUCAACUCAUCGACGGAACGCAUUCGCGAGGUGAUGGUUGUCCCCAACAACGCCUGGGGUGGAGAAGGCAGUCUCGGGUGCAAACUCGGCAGCGGCUAUCUGCAUCGAUUGCCCUUCUCUCGCCGAGUACGAGUCACCGAGGCUGGGGCAAAAGGCGAAGAAAGCUUGGCGCCGCAGGCUCCCUCCGCCGCCGACGCGGACUCCUCAGAGCCUGCGCCUUCGGGUGCUUCGGACGCGGUCGGUUCGGUCGCGGUCGGUUCGGCAGCCGCCGCGCAGGCGCGCUCAUCUACCCAGUCGGAGUCGGUCGGACACAGUGUGUCUCCGGGGGAGGCAGUGUCGGCAGGGCGAGGGAACGCGGCGCAGAGCGAGGCGAGAGAAGAAGCCUUUCGGGUCCAGAAAGAAGAGGGGAAGCAGGCGACAGGAGACAGAGAGGACAAGGAAAUCUACAUCCUCGACAGCGACGGAGCUCCUGUUCUUCUGACACCGAGUAUCGAGUUUGAGAGCGCGUACCCUCCCUACGCACAUGCUUUGGAGGAGGAAGACGUCUGGAGCGUGGGCGCAGCGGAAGACAGCGACUUUCCUGCCUGUCCAGACGAACUCGACAGACCCAACUUUGAAUUUCAAACACGCAACUACUGUCUCUACCCAGUCACAAACUCUCCCCUCAAGGAGGCCUUGCCCCUCUGCAGCGACCGAGAAGUCCGGCAAGGAGACUCAGACAGAGGCAGUGACGGCGCCUCUCCGGCUGCAUAUGCAUCCCCAUAUUUCGCGUAUGACUUCCCGUACGCCGCGGCGAUGGCCCGCCACACGUCGGCUGUCUUUACAGGGCCUCCGAGACCGGGAGAAGUCGUCUCCAUCCCGUCUCUCCAUUGAAUUCUCGGUUUGCUUCCACUUCGCCUGUCCUGCUCUCUGUUCCCCCGCUCUCAAGAGCAGCGCAGGCGGGACUGAACAAGGAUUUUUAAACUUUCCAGCGGAUUUCUGCAGAGGUCCUGUUUUCUGCGUGCGGUGGUGGAGAGAGGCGCCGGCUGGGCGCGCUUUCUUCUCUCGCGUGACUCUGCCGUUUUCCGUCUGUGGGCAUCUCUCCGUUUUGAAUGGACUCGAAGAGCAAGAGGGAGGAGACUCGAGCGCUCGUCUCCACUUUGGAAUGUCUUCCCUCUUCAGAGAGGCGCAACUGUUGCGUCCGAGAAACGUCCACGUUCUACCUACAUAUAUAUAUAUAUAUAUACAGAGAGACACGUCGGUUUAAAUAUGUAAAUGUGCAUGCACAAAUUUGCAGGGAAGGGGAAGAGGCGGUGGUGGCUAGGCUUUGCUGUG